CUGGGCGUGGUCUAAGGGAGGCCGGCUUGGGUCUCCCAGUUCCGCAGAGGCAGGCUGCGUGCUUACGCAGCACGCAGGACCGGGGGUGGGGCAGGCGGCCAGGCUGGCGGCGGAGGCGCUGGGCCUGGUCCCGCCGGCACCAUGGCCAAGACUGUGGCCUAUUUCUACGACCCCGACGUGGGCAACUUCCACUACGGGGCUGGUCACCCUAUGAAGCCCCAUCGCUUGGCAUUGACCCAUAGUCUGGUCCUGCACUACGGUCUCUAUAAGAAGAUGAUCGUCUUCAAGCCAUACCAGGCCUCCCAGCAUGACAUGUGCCGCUUCCACUCUGAGGACUACAUCGACUUCCUGCAGAGAGUCAGCCCCACCAAUAUGCAAGGCUUCACCAAGAGCCUUAAUGCCUUCAACGUGGGCGAUGACUGCCCAGUGUUUCCCGGGCUCUUUGAGUUCUGCUCCCGUUACACAGGUGCAUCUCUGCAAGGAGCAACCCAGCUGAACAACAAGAUCUGUGAUAUUGCCAUUAACUGGGCUGGUGGUCUGCACCAUGCCAAGAAGUUUGAGAUUCCCCGCUGCCUGCUCACAUUUCAGCCUUCUCUGCACAUCCCUCUCCUGUCCCUGCCUCCAGGCUGGAGCCCCAGGGUUGCCCUUAGGGAACUGGUGGUAUUAGGUUUCAGACCCCGGCUUUGCCCUCACCCCAGGUACCACCCUCGGGUGCUCUACAUUGAUAUUGACAUCCACCACGGUGACGGAGUUCAGGAAGCCUUCUACCUCACGGACCGGGUCAUGACAGUGUCCUUCCACAAAUACGGAAACUACUUCUUCCCUGGCACAGGUGACAUGUAUGAAGUUGGAGCAGAGAGUGGCCGCUACUACUGCCUCAAUGUGCCCCUGCGGGAUGGCAUUGAUGACCAGAGUUACAAGCACCUUUUCCAGCCAGUUAUCAACCAGGUGGUGGACUUCUACCAACCCACGUGCAUUGUGCUCCAGUGUGGAGCUGACUCUCUGGGCUGUGAUCGAUUGGGCUGCUUCAACCUCAGCAUUCGAGGACAUGGGGAGUGCGUUGAAUAUGUCAAGAGCUUCAAUAUCCCUCUGCUGGUGCUAGGUGGUGGUGGCUAUACUGUCCGGAAUGUUGCCCGCUGUUGGACGUAUGAGACAUCGCUGCUAGUAGAAGAGGCCAUUAGUGAGGAGCUUCCCUACAGUGAAUACUUUGAGUACUUUGCCCCGGACUUCACGCUCCAUCCAGACGUCAGCACCCGCAUCGAGAAUCAGAACUCACGCCAGUAUCUGGACCAGAUCCGCCAGACAAUCUUUGAAAACCUGAAGAUGCUGAACCAUGCACCUAGUGUCCAGAUUCACGAUGUGCCGGCAGACCUCCUAACCUAUGACAGGACUGAUGAGGCUGACGCAGAGGAGAGGGGUCCUGAGGAGAACUACAGCAGGCCAGAGGCACCCAAUGAAUUCUAUGAUGGAGACCAUGACAAUGACAAGGAAAGCGACGUGGAGAUUUAAGAGUGGCUGGGCUUGCUGUGUCCCCAGAUAUUCCUUUUUACCUCUUGGUUGGGUGGGAGGGAAAAGGUGUGGCUCUUCCACCCCUGGUCAGGUUACUCUCAGGGCUUUUACCAACGCUGGGGGAGGGUUUGGAGACCACAUCUUGUUCUGGAACCAACUAUCCCCUCUCUUCUCCCUCCCAAGGUCUGAGAAUGGUACCUAUUAGGGAUUGGAUGGGGACAAGGAUAGCCAUCUCUAGGACAUCUUGGGCGGUGAGCCCUAGAGGCUAGUCCCAGCCCUUCUGGCUCACUUAUUCCUUCCCUACUUCCCUGUAACCCAGAGGCUUUAGGGGUGAGGGGGUAGACAGGAGUAAGGUUGCCUUUGACUUCCUCCUGGGUUCUCCUAAUGCAGGCCUUGUUUCCAGUGCAGGUGAAGAGUAAGGGAUUUUAGGGGGCUCUGGCUCCCUAACACCUUAACCCAGAUGAUGGGAAGUGCAGCUUUGAGAUCGGGGAGGGUGUGAAAAUGUCCUGUUCUAACUUCUGGCUUUAUGUCCAUUUUACCACCCUUUUUAUUCAAUAAACCAAGUUGGUAUUUUUUGUA